AUGGUGGGAAACAGCGAUUCUUUUAUGUUUCGAUUUCUCCCCGAGAAUCUCUUGUCAGCUGCCAUAGAAAUUGUGCCCUAUUUCACCGACAGCUUCGGGAAUUCGAGCCGAAUCGAUUGUGGUACUGGCCACGAGACGAACUUCUUGGCCUGGUUGUAUUGCUUGGCAAAAUUGGGGGUAAUCGAGGAGGAGGAUUACCCGGCUGUGUUAAUGAGGAAAUUGCAGUCAGGAUAUAGUUCCCAUUAUGCAGCACUUUCUCUUUGGAUGGCUCAUCAAAUGAUGGGAUUAUAUGUCUCUAAACACUUCAGGAAUCCUUUGAACUUUCUUGUAGUAAUGAGUUUGGGGGCCAAAAGGCCCCUACUCGUGGGUCGCUUGGUCGGCAAUCAAGUGAUGGGCACAUGCGUCGUUUUUAACCCGGAUUUUGAUUUAGAGACAUUCAGUCAUGAACUGGAUGGAAGAGCUCGGUUAAUCUGUAAGGGAAUCUUGUCUGAUGAAGAAUUAGGCCCAAUCAAGGAGAGGAAGGGAUCCAUGGAUUCACGAGUCGAGUAA